UUGGUUCCAUCGAACUAUUCGCUGAGUGAGGUGCUACUGAAAAGCACAUUGGACGCGUUCAUGAAAGGUGAGGGUAAAACGGUUCUGCGACCAGAUAAGAUUAAAACAAUGUGGAUACACUGGCCACCUUCGGAAUCAAUCGCAACCGGUUAUCGACAUGUUGAAUUGGAUUCGACCAAGAAUUUCUUCUUCCAUCCUCGUUAUUGGCUAUAUAAGGAAAAACCGACUGCGAAACGCCGAAAGGUGUUUCGCAAUGCACAAGCAACGAUUCGACCGAAUUUAACUCGUUUCGAUCAAAUCUUCCGUGAACGUCAACAAGCCGUCCAAGCGCAAUUGCUUCAAGCCGAAAAAUCAUUCAGAAAGUUUAUCAAGGAUGAAAACUUAACCGAUAUUUAUGACAGACUUAACAUAUCCAUUGUAUACGAUAGAGUUUUUGCUGACUGCUUUACGGAUAUUAUUGAUCCGAUGAUGGAUCGGCCAAUCAACGAGCAGUCUCUACAUCCGUAUUGUCCGACGUCAAGUGUUUGUCAAGUACCACGUCUGGUUGGUGUUGAAUGUACUCUUGCACAUUCACACCAUCGUGCAAAUACCUUUCGAAGCUUUCGCAUUUACGAUAUUCUCUAUCGAUCUUUCCGAACAGUUCACAAUGGAUGCAUUCACGUUUAA